AUGCUGUGCAGUCUCCUCAGGAACGAUUACGAUGCUGCAGCUAGCCAGCCCAGUGGCACAACCAAGCUGGACCUCCCGAACCUCCAUCGCCAGCUACGCACUCUGAAGAUGGAUUUCCACAGCACCCAGUAUCCCUUUGACUGGGACGACAGCGAAACAGUCAUGUCUCUGCAAGAGUUUGCCAAGCUCCGAGACCUGAGCAUCGAUACGCACAGCUUUACUUCUCGAACCGAUAACCAGAACCAUCUCAUGAUGAACAACAUCGGCAGCAUGAUUCCGCAAUGCCUUGAGACUUUGGAGAUUAGUCGCGUCGGUGAUUUCCUUCUCGAGGAACUUGUCCAGAUUGCUUAG